GUUAGCUUCCUUUCUUUCUGUUUCAACGUCUGAAGUGAACAGACGUGAUGUCUCAUCGUAAGUUUUCCGCGCCUCGCCAUGGCUCGAUGGCCUUCUACCCCAAGAAGCGCUCCCGUCGCCAUCGUGGCAAGGUUAAGGCUUUCCCCAAAGACGAUGCUACCAAGCCAGUGCAUCUGACUUGCUUCAUUGGCUACAAAGCCGGCAUGACGCACAUUGUGCGUGAGGCAGACCGUCCAGGUUCAAAGGUGAACAAGAAGGAGGUCGUCGAGGCCGUGACCGUUUUAGAAACACCACCAAUGAUAGUUGUUGGUGCUGUUGGUUACAUUGAGACGCCAUUUGGCCUGCGUGCCCUGGUUAAUGUUUGGGCGCAGCAUUUGUCGGAGGAGUGCCGUCGUCGCUUCUAUAAGAACUGGUAUAAGAGCAAGAAGAAGGCAUUUACCAAGGCCAGCAAGAAGUGGAAUGAUGAUCUUGGCAAGAAGAGCAUCGAGAAUGAUUUCCGCAAGAUGUUGCGUUACUGCAAGGUCAUUCGUGUGAUUGCUCAUUCGCAGAUCCGUCUGAUUAAGCAGCGUCAAAAGAAGGCACAUGUCAUGGAAAUUCAGCUGAAUGGUGGUUCCAUUGAGGACAAGGUUAAGUGGGUGCGUGAGCAUCUCGAGAAGCCCAUUCAAGUCAGCAAUGUGUUCGGUCAGGAUGAGAUGGUCGAUUGCGUUGGCGUGACCAAGGGUAAGGGUUUCAAGGGUGUCACCUCGCGUUGGCACACUAAGAAACUGCCCCGAAAGACUCAUAAGGGUUUGCGCAAGGUCGCUUGUAUUGGUGCCUGGCAUCCAUCUCGCGUGUCCACCACUGUGGCACGUGCUGGUCAAAAGGGUUAUCACCAUCGUACCGAGAUCAACAAGAAGAUCUACCGCAUUGGUGCUGGCAUUCACACCAAGGACGGCAAGGUCAUCAAGAACAACGCCUCCACUGAGUACGAUCUGACCGAUAAGAGCAUCACCCCCAUGGGUGGCUUCCCCCAUUAUGGUGAGGUCAACAAUGACUUUGUCAUGAUCAAGGGCUGCUGUAUUGGCUCUAAGAAGCGCGUCAUUACUCUGCGCAAGACCCUCCUGAAGCACACCAAGCGCUCCGCUUUGGAACAGAUUAAGCUCAAGUUCAUCGAUACCUCCUCAAAGAUGGGUCACGGUCGCUUCCAGACCCCUGCCGACAAGCUGGCCUUCAUGGGCCCUCUCAAGAAGGAUCGCCUCAAGGAGGAGCAGGCCGCAACCACCAGCGCUGCCGCCGGUGCCACCGCCUAAAUGCAACAGGCAUAAUUUUACAUAUUUCUAUGUUAAAAUCAAUUUCAGGCAGUAAAAUAAAAAAUGGCUUUAAAAAGCUGAUAACACCUUAAGAAAUA